AUGGUCACUGUCCCUGAGGACUGCAGUUUUUUAUCUCGCCCCGUGGGGGUUGCUAGUUAUAGUGUUGUGCUUGUGAAUGAAAGUUUCCUCCGAGCGCAGCACGAGAUAGACGAUUUACGGGGCCAGUUAGAUGCUCAGGGCCGAGAAACGGAGAAGUUCAAACUUCUCUUGCAACAAAAAGAGGAUCAACUGAGCCGGAUCAUUGCUCCUCCAACUCUCCAAUCCGAGCUCGAGGCAGCCAAAAAAGAGAACCUCCGGUUGAAGAUUGAGCUCGACGAUAUAGUUAAAAAAAGCAAAGUCCUGGAAGGGGACAACAAACAACUCAGCCGAGAGAAUGCUGAAUAUGCCACCAAACUUGGUGAGUUCGAAGCUACCAUCACCCAAUUGAGGGAAGGGCUCGAUUCAGUUAAAGGAGAGGCUGCAAAAAUGGAGGAGAAAUUCAGGAAGCUUAAAGUAGAGAAGACCACGGAAAAGGACAAGUUGAAGGUUAUGGAAGAAAAGGCCGAGUCUCGAGCCCGGAUAGACGAUGAACUCAAAAAAGAGCUCGAGGCCGCUGUCCUAGCCAAUGAUGCCCUUCAGGCUGAGCUGGCAUCUUCCAACGAGGUUCGGGUCACUCUUGUUGAUAUGAGGUCCGAGUUAGAGGAGAAGUUAAAGAAAGCUCAGGCUGACCUGGAGGAAGCCUAUAAAGAAAUUGUGGCUACCGAGGCUCGUUCUACCCUUUUAGUAGAACACGAGAGGUGGAAGUCACGAAGGGUUACACUUGAGGCGGUUCAACGGGGUUUUGAAGAUCUUCCUGCUCGUAUACUCGACACAAAGAUGAUAGAGGAUAGGGCUAAGAAAGCACUCGAGGACAGCUCCGAGAAAGACCCUGAAGGGUCCGGUUCUGAUGACUCGGGUUCUUCUUUGACAGAGUAA